AUGUUUACGCAAUAUGAGCCACUGGAGACGCUUGCACCGUCACUCUUUGGCUAUGUACAAAAGUGUCGUCAUGUACCCACAGGCGAAUGUGUUGCGGUCAAGCGUAUGGAAUGGCGCUUUGCAGCGUGCAAGCGUUCCAAGACGUCGGAAAAUGCUGUGGAAGAAGAUCUCUUGACUGAAAUUAAAAUGAAUCUACGUGUGCAAUUGCUCGGUGGUCACCCUAAUGUCUUGCCAUUACGUGAUUGUAUUAUGGACGAUGAGGCCGUACUACUUGUGCUCAAGUACUGUCAACAGGGAGAGCUACUUGACGUACUUAAUACGAAAAGAGCUGCUCGACAACCGAUUUAUACAAUGCACUACUUUGCACAGACACUACGGGGUGCAGCAUUCCUGCAUGCAAACGACAUUGCACACCGUGACUUGUCAUUGGAAAACGUGCUGGUUGAUGAGCGUGAUUGCUGCUAUAUUACGGACUUUGGCCUAGCAACACAAUGUCGGGGCAACAUGGCAGUAAAACCUGUGGGAAAACUUAGAUAUAUGGCUCCAGAACUAACUGCAGCACUGGUGUAUCAAGAUGAAGAGCUGGAAGAAUAUGAUCCAAAGGCGGCGGAUGUGUGGGCAUUAGGGGUGAUGCUGUAUGCCAUGGUGGCAGCCCGAUAUCCAUUUUGUCAACCACUUCGGAACGACGAUCGGUUCAGGCUGUUGGAGGAUUUUGGCGUGGAUUAUUUACUUGAAAAGGAUGAAGUAGAUGUGCGGGAAAAGAAGGAGGUGGUGGACUUGUUGAAAAAGAUGCUGGUAGUUGACCCAUCCAAGCGCUCGACGCUCGCAAAGCUACAGUCACAUCCGGCCUUGUAUGCUGUGGAAAAAGAAACUAGGCUGAGAGUGAAGCAAGCUCAGCCACAAGACUUUGUGCCCCAAGUAACGGUCACAAACAGUCAAGAUGCUCGUCAGCGUACGCGGUCGCUUGGGCACUUUUUCGGUAAGCGAUCACUAGCUUCAGUGUGUCCCAACGCAUUAUUGUCCAAGAUGGAAAAGAACAAGCAAGCUUAUGCUGCUUCAACCGUUAGUGCAGCCGCUGCACCGAACACUGGUAACAACGAAUCUAAACACCAACGUGCUGACGGCACGUUGCUAUGCAAGUGCUUUGUCCCCGCGUUAGCGUAG